AUGGCAACCUGCUCCAGGCCGCCCUCUCAAGCUUGCUCCCCUGUUGAUCAAGGACAGCUGGGACCCAAAUUUCCACCAGCCUCCCCUGAGCUUGGCAAAGUCUCCCUUGAGCGGGUCAUCUGCCUCCUUUGGGGACUUCAGUCCCAAGUUUGCACCAAUGUUGAAAACAUCUCCCAAGCAGUUGAUGUUGUCAAGGAUGGGCUUGCCCAGCUCCAGCUCCCCCAGGGUCCCCACACCCCAGAAGAUCAAAAACCCCCUGCAGUCAAGGAAACUCCCCAGGCCGCGCCUAAAGCCAAGCCUAUUGGCAAGGCUCAACCCUUCCUUGGGGCUCCAGCCCCCAUCCUCUCCACAGGGGCCCCAAGGCGCAACCCCCUCACCUUAUUUAACCCAUAUCCUUCCUCCUCCUUCCCUUUGGGACCAGCUCCAGCUGCCCAGGGACCUCCACCAGCGCCCCAAGUCACUCCAGCGCUGCCUCCAGCCCCCUCUACCAUGAAAGUAGAUCACCCCAAUGCCUUCAAAGGCAAAAUUGGCUUGGAGGCCAAACAAUGGCUGACAUGCAUGUUGGCCUGGGUUUGCCUUAACCAAAGGCAAUUCCCAAUGGACCUGGAGGUCCUUUCCUUCCUCCUCAAGAAUAUGACAGAGGCCGGCAGAGCAUGGGCUCACCCCCACCUGGACCAGUUAGGGUCCCACUGCGCGCUCAUCCAAACUGUGGAUGAGUUCAAAGUUGAGUUCCUGGCUGCCUUUGGCAACCCAGACGCAACCAGGGCAGUGGAGCAGAAAAUCACUUCCCUCACACAGACUGGCACCUGUGCCAAAUAUAUCACCAAGUUCCGCACACUGCAAAUGGAACUCAACUGGAACAAUGCCGCUCUCUGCAGCCAAUUUGCAUGCAGCUUACAUUGGGAAGCCCAUAGGCAAAUUGCCAUGAGGGAGAGACAACCCCAAACCCUGAGGGAACUGCAAGACGCAGCCCUCAUUAUUGACAACACCCUCUGUGAGGAAUGCACUAGCCACCCGCCACAGGGUAGUAAGUCUAGCAAAUCCACUACAACCCCCAACUGGGGGCAAGUACUGGCCAGCAGGCCACCAAAACCGGCCCCCUCUCCUCUGAUCCCAACUACAUCUUGGAGGAAGAACGCAAUUGCCGUUGCACAGAAGGCCUCUGUAUGGAAGGCUACCCCUAAGGAGGACAAGGGGAAAGCCAAGGAAACCGCCAAAAUUGGCAAAGACUCUGAGUACCAAUUGGGAAAAGAUAGCUCAAAUAGAAUCUCUCCCCUUUUCACAAUUUCAAUCACACCAGAGAAACAAGUGGAACCUUUAGAAGUCCUGAUAGACUCAGGCGCCACCUCCUUGUUCCUACACCUGUGUACUGUGGAAUCACUCUGCCUUCCACUCAUUGACCUCCCCACACCAUGGACCAUCACUAUGCUUGAUGGGUCAAGCCCCCAGGCUGGCAAAAUCUGGAAGAAGGUGUUGCUAACCUUCACCUUUGAUGGCAAAAAGAUGACGGAAACAUUCCUCAUCUGUAACACCGGAAACCACUUGGCCAUCCUAGGUUUGAAAUGGCUAGAUGCCCACAAUCCAGAUAUAGAUUGGAAUUCCUGCACCCUGACCUUUCCCCAUGCACCACCAGAACAUGUAGCCAUUGCUGAGGAGGAAGAAGCUGAUCAAAACCCCCUUGAAGGAGUACCCUCUGAAUACCAUCAAUAUGCCAAGGUAUUUGGAGAAGAAGAAUUCAACAAGCUCCCUCCACACAGGCAUUACAACAUUGCAAUCAAACUAAUGGAAGAAGGCCCACUUAAUUUGCCCCUGUACAGUAUGACUGAUGCCAAAUCCGCCACACUCAAGGAUUGGCUCAGGGACAAACUUAAGGCUGGCAAAAUACGCCCCAGUAAAUCCCCUAUUAGCUUGCCUGUUAUGUUUGUCCCAAAAAAGGAUGGCUCCUGCCAAUUGGUUGUAGACUACCAACACCUGAAUAAUUGGACCAAGAAAAACAUGUACCUGUUACCCCACCCUGAUGACCUCAUGGCCCAGCUCCAUGGUGCUAAGAUCUUUACUAAGCUAGAUCUACGGUGGGGAUACAACAAUGUCUGA